AUGUCGCCGGACGUUCGUUUGGUAAAAAAAGCAUCACCAGACGUUCAUUUCGCGAAAAAAGCGUCACCAGACAUUCAUUUCACGAAAAAAAACGUUUCCGAACACUCAAUUCGCGGAAAAAAUGUCACCAAACGUUCAUUUCGCGAAAAAAGCAUCUCUGGACGUUCAAUUCGCGAAAAAAACAAUACCAGACAUUCAAUUCACGGAAAAAGCGUCUCCGAACGUUCAAUUCGCGAAAAAAACAUCACCAGACGUUCAAUUCGCGGAAAAAAUGUCACCAGACGUUCAUUUCGCGAAAAGAACGUCCCAGACGUUUAUUUCAUGGAAAAAAUGUCACCAGACGUUCAAUUCGCAGAAAAAACGUCACCAGACGUUCAUUUUGUGGAAGAAAACAUCACUGAACAUUCGUUUCGUGAAAACACGUCACCAGACGUUCAUUUCGCGGAAAAAAACAUCACCAGACGUUCGUUUCGUGGAAAAAAAUGUCACCAGACGUUUAUUUCGCGGAAAAAACAUCUCCGGACACUCAUUUCGGAAAACGUUAGUUCUAAAUAA